CCCAAGCGGGGCCUUGCAUACAAGAGUGCUAAAUACGUCCAAAAUUUCCAAGCGCCAGGAAGUCAAGUCUCAUGGGCCUACAACUGGGCUUCCGACAUGGAUCCAACAUACCCAUCUUAUCUCGAAUUUGUGCCCAUGUUGUGGGGUAACUCGACGGGCCAUACCAGCAGCUGGGUCAGCAAUGUCAACAAAGCCCUCGCCAGAGGCUCCUCCCACCUUCUUGCCUUCAAUGAGCCAGACAAUUGUGGUGGAGGAGCUUGUAUGACACCACAAUCAGCAGUCGAUGCUUAUCGAACUUAUAUGAACCCCUUUGCUGGCAAAGCUUACCUGGGAGCUCCGGCCGUCUCUAAUGGUCCCACAGGGCUUCCAUGGCUCACUCAGUUCCUCGAACUAUGCACCGGCUGCCACAUCGACUUCGUCCCGAUUCACUGGUAUGACAAAGCCACAAAUGAAGCAUAUUUCAAGUCGUAUAUCGGGCAAGCAGUAGCAGUUGCUGAAUCGUUGAGACUCUCGAUUACCGAGUUCAACGGCGCUGGUACAGAAGCUCAACAAGAAGCUUUCUUGACGACUGUCCUCCCGUGGCUCGAUUCGCAAACGUAUAUCCUCCAGUACGCGUGGUUCUGGUGUGAUCCGACGUCCAAGAUGGGGGCUUUGGUAGAUUCAAGUGCCAAUCCGACGAAAUUGGGGAACGUGUAUGCAUACACUGGAUUUUGA